CAUAAAACGUUUCCCACCAGUGUUUAUAUAAAAACUCUUGGAAUUUAAACAUUAAUAUUGCAUAUUAUUGGAAUUAUGUGACAUUUUAUCUUCUAUAAUCUGUCUUCUAGAAUCUGUUGUACAGGAUUAUUAGCCUUAAGUUUCGUAGUACUUAAUUAUAAUAUGGUUACACAUAAGGUUGAAGCGUCGUGUAUUGUGAAACAACAACAACAACUGAACCUCCUAUUUCCUGGUUGAAAUACCACCACUGCAGUUAUUUUAUUCAACUCUAGUCAUUUAUUCAAUAUCCUGCGAGGUACUAAAAGAUAUACGAUGCAAUAUAUACAGUAUAUUAUAUCAAGUUGCAGAUAAACAAGUAUUGUCCGUCAGAUAAAGAAUUUAAUUAAAUUUAUAAACAAUGAUUUCAUUCAUUAAGACAAAUAUAUAUUUAAACAAGAUAACAUAUAUCAUAUGAUUGUGAAAACGUUGACAGGUAGUCAGAUGUUUUGCGCAUAAAUCUGCAGUGUCUGAAAUGAAACAUGCAAUAACAAUUACUCAUUGAUUUUGUAAAAGGUCCAUCAACAGAGCAUUUACAGUUUUGAUAUUUAUAUUCUUGCAAGUCGGAAGUCUGUUUUUAAGAUCAAUUCAAUGUGUCUGUACGGUAUUUUGAUUAAGUCGUUAAAGUAAUUAACAAUUCACAGCAGCUAUUAAUAACGUCGUGGUGAGAUUUUGACAGAUGACAACGGUAGGUAAGACAUGUAUAAAAACGUAUUACACGUAAACCAGCAUUGUUAACAACACAACGUUCAUCACACUAUUAUAUACUGGAUAUAAAUUCUGGAUAAAUACUGGAUGUAAACUACUCACACAUGGAUGAAAGAAGAAAGAAAACCACGUUAAUAACUUAAUUGAGUAAGGAAGGAUCUGUGUGUAUUGUAGACGCUAACUAAGCAAGUGAUCGUUAAUUGUUGAAUUGUUGAAGUUAUGAUAAUAUGUUAUCCGGAAUAAAAACGUUUGCUUGCAUACGCUAUAGGUAUAAUUGGGAUGUGCAAUCUUAAUCUGUGAUCUUAAUUCCGAGAUAAAAUGGUUCAUUUUAGAACGCCAGCAUUCUGGAGAAAGAUGUGUGUUUAUCUUAUCAUUAUUUUUACAACAAUUUCUAUGAUGUGCAUGAUACUUAUAAAUAAAAACAUCAUGAUAAAAACACCAGAGACAGCAUUUACCGUUAUCCGCGUGCCAUUAAAGGACACACUGAAGAAACACGCAAAUGAAAAGCCUUCUGCUAAUGUUAAAAUUUCCCUUAAAGAAGGUGAAAAUGGUAUUAUAAAGAACAAAGCAUCUGAUGGGAAACAUAAUUCAGUAUCAGAUAUACAAAGAAAUCAAGCGGCUGACAGUCAGAAAAAAGCAGCCGUGAAAAUUGACAAACGUUUAUUGAGUAUGAUUGAAGAGAUCGAACAAAGUGACACAACAAUUAAAGGCAAAGUAGCACAAAGGGACUUUCUGAAUUUUACUUGUCCGCCGAAGCUGAGGAUUAUUGACGGCGUUGAAGAUUUACUUUGCAUGAAACCACCCAAAUUUUUACCAAGUUAUAAAAACCCUUGUUGGAAUUCGUCCGAGGGCAGGUUCCAGUGUUUGCCAUACUUUCAGGUAAUAGGAAUGGAUAAAUGCGGCUCAACAGAUCUGUUCGACAGGAUCGCUAAACACCCGGAUGUACUGAAAAAUAAUGGUGUGUUAGGGAAGGAGACAAUGUGGUGGUCAUGGUUAAGAUAUGGACAUUGGUUAAAGAAUCGCAAAAAGAUACAACCGUUUUCUCAGUACGUGAAGUAUUUUGACAUCCCAGCUAAAACAAUUAUGCUACAACCAAGAGCAGGAAUUAUUACAGGAGACGGCACUCCUAUGGACAUCUGGGAUAUGAGUGGAUGGGUGAAAAUUCCCCAAAACAGCGGCCUGAAAGAACCAAAAGUCCUUACACCGCAUCUAAUGAAGCACAUGAACCCUAAUGUUAAACUUCUCGUCAUUCUCCGAAAUCCUGUAGAAAGAUUAUUCAGCGACUAUUUAUUCCUUAAAAUUGGCAGACAGUCUUUACGUGCAUUCCACGAAGAAGUUAUUAAAUCCAUUACAUCACUACACUCAUGCACGAGAAAAUAUUCGCUCAGAGCGUGUCUAUACAGUAGAUCCUUACACGUGCGAUCAAAGGCACGAAUCCAUCUGGGUUUUUAUUCCAUAUUUCUUAAAGACUGGUUACAGGUUUUCCCAAGGGAACAAUUUCUCAUCAUGAAGACUGAAGACUAUUCUAACAAAACAAAAGUUCAUCUUCGACAGGCGUUCUCAUUUCUUGGCCUUCGUGACCUGCCAGAAGCUGCUAUGCAAAAGUUUGCCGACGCAACAAGAAAAUACGUGACAAAAA